CCGAAGAAAUAGAAGUUCACGCAAUUGGUGCAUUCUCGCACCUGGUAAGCAAAAAAACCCUGGAUCGUUUAGCUGCCGCGACGGCAAGCGACCCGGACUUGAAAGAAGUGAUUCGCUACAUCAGCGGCAGUGGUAGUAUUGAUGGCUGCAUGAAACCUUUCACUGCUGAGCUGUCUUUGAUAGAGGGAGUGGUGUUGAAAGGCACCAAAGUAGUUGUCCCAAAGUGUAUGAGGAAAGAAAUGCUUCAACGUAUACACGAAGGGCAUUUGGGCGUAAACAAAUGCAAGGCACGAGCCCGACGAUUGGUAUUCUGGCCCGGACUUAACGCAGACAUUGAAAAUAUGCUAAAAAGCUGCGCCGUGUGUCGAAAAUAUGUAUAUAAGCAACCAAGCGAGCAUUUUAUGCUUAGACCCACGCCAGAUCACGCCUGGUACAGAGUGGGCGUUGAUAUCUUUCAGCACGGAGGAAGCUCGUACUUGUGCGUUUUCGACGCGCAUUCAAAACUUCCCGGAGGUGGAAAAACUGAGCGAUACCACGUCUAGCACAGUCAUUGAAAAAUUGAGCUGCAUUUUUGCGCGAUAUGGAAUCCCAGUCGAGGUUUGCAGUGACAAUGGCCCUCAGUUCGCGUCUCAUGAGUUUGCUACCUUUGCAUCCAGGUACGACUUCAGGCACGUGACAUCUAGUCCUGGCUUUCCGCAGUCCAAUGGAUUGGCGGAAAAGGGUGUCCAAAUAGUAAAACGGAUUAUGAAAAAGACACAAGGGAAUCGCGACGACUUCUGGCUGGGCAUUCUCAGUUACCGAUCUACACCAUUGGAAGACGGCCGCUCCCCGGGCGAGCUGUUGCAAGGCCGGAGGCUACGAACCAGGCUUCCCGACUUCAGCCCGCAAAUGAAAAAAUCCGUGUUCAAGCGCAGGCAAGUCGACAACCGCAAGGACCUACCAGUGCUCAAGAAAGGAGAAGUGGUGAGGAUUCGAGAUAAAGCAUGGACCCGCAAAGCAAAGGUCGUGGAACCUGUAGCGCCAAGGUCCUAUCGCGUCGUUACCGAAGAUGACAGAGUGCUUCGUCGGAACCGGAGACACCUGAUUCCAACGCGUGAACCCUUUCGACACGAUGGCCUCGACAGCGACGAGCCGGAAAGCGAGGAUGACCAGCCAGAGGUGACAGCACCAACUGGGAUGCACGCAAACACGGCUCCAACCCCUACACUGCUCCCAAGACUGUCUCAGAGGGCAACUCGCCAGCCAAGACGUCUGCAGUACGAUCAUAACUUCAAUCAAGUCCAUUGUGUAUCUCGGCUUUAA